ACCUCUAACUCUAGAAAGCGUGUCUGACCGGAGACCGGCUAGCCACCGGCUAUAAGACCCGUCAUGCCGUACAGUUCAAUUUCCAGAAAAUCAAGAGAUGCUUUGGCUUGUCCGAACCUUAGCCUCGUACUCCCAACCACCUAGGCCCCCACCCGAAUCUCAUCCCUAUAAAUAAGCGCCUGGUCUCCUCUCACCUCCAUGUAGCACGCGCGCUGGUCCUAGCAAGCAUUGUGUAAUCACAGGAAGACGAGGCUGCAUAGUUUCUUCGCUAAAGCUUCAAGAUUGAAAAGAUAAAAUAAGACUCGAUUGAGACAGAUGGCACUAGUUUCAGGAGGAAGGUCGACAUUAAACCCUGAUGCCCCUCUCUUUAUCCCUGCUGCCUAUCGUCAAGUGGAGGAUUUCUCCCCAGAAUGGUGGCAACUGGUUACCACUUCAACAUGGUACAGGGAUUACUGGCUCAGCCAACAUCAGGAUGAGGAAAGCUUUUAUAACAAUGCUGAGGAUGAUGGUUUUGAUGGCAAUGAUGUAACUAAUUUACUGCCAGAAGCAUUUGAUUUUGAUGCUGGUGAAGAUUUCUUUAGUUUGGAAGUUCAUUUUCAGGAGUUUGUAGAAUCUUACGACACUGAAGUAGAAAACAGAUCAUCUCCUUCCAAUGGGAUGCAACAAAAUGGAUUUCAGAUGGAAGCUGAGGCACCCAAGAGGGACGUAAGCUUGUUGAAAACAUUGGAGGAAACAGUUCCAGCAGCCAAGACUGUUACUCCAAAAUGAUGCAUCCACGGCCUUCAGAAAGGAUCAGUCUGAGUAGACUACUGUAGUUUAUGCUUUCUGUAAAUUCUGUAUAGAGCAAAGUUGCAACCUGCCACUCCUUGUUUCAUUCAUGUCUUCGUCUUUGUUUUCAGGUAAUGUAAAAAAAAAAUGUAAAAUUUUAACUAGGAGAGAAAAAAAAAAUUAAAUAUAUUUCUUUUGCAUCA